UGGUGGUCACAAUGAGGCUUUUCUGUACGCCUGUACACGACGCUUGGACGAAAAGGAACGGACGGAGGAAACAGCCACCAAGUCAAUGAGUCAAUACCCACUAAUCCCCUCCUUAAAGCAAAAACUGGAGCCAAACUACUCUGCAGAAAACAAUUGCAUACACCGAUCGUCAUGCACAUCGAUUGACGAAGCACCAACUCCACAUCCCAAGUUCGGAACCAACCUUGCAUUCCAACAACUCAAACCCUUGGCUAGAUCGAUCGAAACAGACAGGUUGGUCUCAGCCAAAGCUUAGCCGCCAUGGCCAUGGCAUCCCCAAACAACAAAGCGCUGGAGCGGUACAAGAGCGCCGUGACGGCGGCCGCGUCCGUCAUGGGUGCGGCCAUGCUGCUGCGCCGGGUUGUCGCCGACUUCCUCCCGGCGGGCACGUCCCUCGGCGCGCUGCUCCUCCUGCCCCCCGCCUCCGCCCGGCGCCACGCCGUGCUCAUCGAGGAAUUCGACGGCGCCCUAUACAACCGCGUCUUCCUGGCGGCCAAGGCGUACGUCUCCACGCUCCUGGCCGCGGCGCCGUCGUCCGUGCCGCUGAUGAAGGCCAGCCUGCCGCGCGGGUCCGGCGCGGACCAGCGCGUCCUGCUCGCCCUCCGCCCCGGCACGGCCGUCGUCGACGUCUUCGGCGGGGCCAAGCUCACGUGGCGCCUCAGCAGGCAGCAGGGCAGGCGCGGGGAGGACGGCGGCACGCGCGAGGCGUUCAAGCUCAGCUUCGACGCGCAGCACAAGGACAUGGUGCUCGGCGCGUACCUGCCGGCCGUCAUGGCGCGCGUCGAGGCCAUGUCGCAGGGGCAGAGGCAGCCCAGGCUCUACAGCAACGAGUGGGGCAAGUGGCGCGCCGUGAGGCUCCGCAACGCCUCCACGCUGGCCACGGUGGCCAUGGACGCCGAGCUGCGGCAGGCCGUGGUGGAGGACCUGGACAGGUUCUUGACGCGGAAGGAGUACUACCGGCAGACGGGGAGGGCGUGGAAGAGGGGGUACCUCAUCCACGGGCCGCCCGGCACCGGCAAGUCCAGCCUGGUCGCCGCGAUCUCCAACCACCUCCAUUUCGACGUGUAUGACCUGGAUGUCGGUGGCGUCAGGAACAACACCGAGCUGAGGAAACUGCUGAUUCGGAUGAAGAACAGGUCCAUAUUGCUGGUGGAGGAUGUCGACUGCGCUCUGGCGACGGCGCCGCGGAGAGAAGGGGAUGGAGGCUCCGAUGGGAGCAGCCUGGCCCCGGCUGCGUCCAAGAAUCACAAGGUCACUCUGUCGGGACUGCUCAACAUGGUGGACGGCCUGUGGUCCAGCAGCGGGCACGAGCGGAUCCUCGUCUUCACCACGAACCACAAGGACCGGCUGGACCCGGCGCUGCUCCGUCCGGGCCGGAUGGACAUGCACAUCCACAUGGGCUACUGCGGCUUCGUCGCCUUCAGGGAGCUCGCGGCCAACUACCACGGCGUUGACGACCACCACCCGCUCUUCCCGGAGAUCGAGGCGCUGCUGCGUGAGGUGGAGGUGGCGCCGGCCGAGGUCGCGGAGAGGCUGCUCAUGACCGACGCCGCCGACGCCGCCGUGGAGAUGGUCGCGAAGCUGCUGAGGGACAGGAAGGCCGGCACCGGGGAAGAAGACGGCGCCGGCGGGUACGUCAAGCAGAAGCUCCACGUAGGGGGGCCUCGGCGCCCGCGUCGCUUGGCCCCGGCGCCGGCGCCCCGUCGAGGCGGCGUGGGUGCUGCCAGUGCCAGGCGGCCCGUGCUUGGCGAGGAAAUGGGCGGUUCCUCGCGACGAGGACAGGGGCGUGGAUCAGGGACAGGGCGGCAUGGACGAGGACGGGGGCGGCGGUAGACAAAAGAUUCAAAACGUACUCCACUACCGAACUUGACCAACUCUGCCACGGUAAUUCGAAAAUUGUAAACCAUGGAUGUUGCGGAGUAUGGAAAAUACUACUAGUAGCAAGUAAAUAAAAGGACAUGCUGGGUUGGCCGGCCCUCGGAACACGCCCUGGUGUAUCGGCCGGCGAGGAGUA